UCUACCUGCUCAGAUUUGCCAGGCCAUGCUAUGCCGGGCCGUGACGUCAUCAACCCCAACGCCCCAAUGCAGUGUCAGUGAUUUUACAGAGCAGAGCGACAGAGCGAGCGGCGCGCGCUCCAGCUGCUCACACCGACAAACACACAACAACAACAACAACAACAACAGCAUCACGUGUCUUUGCGGAUGGUAACGGGUGCUGAAGCGGUGCUGCGGAUGUGGCGGACAAGUGUGUCGGGGACAGUCGGGGUCGCAGUCGCAGGUCUGCCCUGACUGCUCAGAGCCGUCGGCUAGCGCCUAGCAUUAGCAUUAGCGUUAGCAUUAGCGUUAGCAUUGUACUGACGAUGCAAUGCUGUGCCGCUAAAUAAGUUAACUCUCUCUCUCUCUGUCUCUGUCUCUCUCUCUCUCGCUCGCUCUCUCUGUCACGCUGCUGUUGUGGUGAUUUAGCUGAUAUUCCCCGCUAGCUGUUAGCUCAGAUGCUAGCCGGGUGCGGUUGCAGUGCAGUGCUGCAGGGAUGCUAGGUAGCUAACGCUAAAUGAGGGAUAAAGUGAAUAAUAGUGUUUAAUUCCUGUGCAUUAGGAUGAAAAGUGGCACUUAAAGGACAGGAUUCUCUCGGCUGGGUUGUUGCUGCUGCAGUGUUUGUGUCUCUGCAUGGCUAGCUGACAUUUAGCUCCAAGCAUUGAAAAAAAAAAAAAGAAAUAAAACAAAAUGUUCCUAGCUAAUGAACUUGAUUAACUUGCAGUACAAAUCUCUGAGGUGUCAGUCCUGAGCCAGAGCUGAGUGCUGACUGUGAUCUGAGGUAUAAUGGCAUCAUGCUUCAGACCUGGCUGGUGUUUACAGCUCUGUUCAGGGCAGCUGUAGGACCUGGAGAUCACCCUGAGGAGCAGAAGCUCACCCUGAGGAGCAGGAGAUCACCCUGAGGAGCAGAAGCUCACCCUGAGGAGCAGGAGAUCACCCUGAGGAGCAGGAGAUCACCCUGAGGAUCUGGAGCUCAACCUGAGGAUCUGGAGCUCAACCUGAGGAGCAGAAGCUCACCCUGAGGAUCUGGAGCUCAACCUGAGGAUCUGGAGCUCAACCUGAGUAUCUGGAGAUCACCCUGAGGAGCUGGAGAUCACCCUGAGGAUCUGGAGAUCACCCUGAGGAGCAGAAGCUCACCCUGAGGAUCUGGAGCUCAACCUGAGGAGCUGGAGCUGGACUUUCCCGGCUGAUCCAGAGCCAGUAUCCAGCCUGGACUUAAUCACUUCGUGUGUGAUGGCCUUUUCCACACACACAGCUGCUCUACCUGGGAUGCUGCUUUUUACAUUUGGACAAGAAGAGAAGUUUCUGAGCUGUUUUGCACACAAACAACUUUAAAGGUGCAGUAGGGGAUUUUAAAAAAUUCCUUAUUUGUACAGGUAACCUGGACGAUGUAUAGGACAUGAUUUAAAAAACUAUGGCGUACGUCGUGGCCUUAAGUGCAUUAAGGUGCUGAGAAGAAAACCCGUCCGGAAAGCGUGUUUGUGUUUGUGUUCCUGUCAGUCAUUUUAUAGACGCUGUAAUAGAUCCUGGAGGCGGAGCUUCAUGAACAUGGACGGGAAUCGUUCAAAUGUCGAACCCACCUAACCCACGCUAGAGACCUAAUCUUGGAAAAAAGUUAAAGACUAAUCUUACCUGACGCACCUUUAAAUCAAUGUCAUAACCAGGGUGAAGUGACUGAUCAGCUGAGCUGCCAGUGAAAAAGAUCGCAUGGCAGCUUGCAGACAGCACUGAAGGGUUGGUUUUGGGUUUUUUUUUUCUUUUUUUUUUUUUUUACUGCCAAAUAAUCGUGAAGUUAGCCGCCAUGUCGAGCAAAGCAUCGAGCAAAGAGAAGAAGUCCGGGCUCGGGAAGAAGCUGUUCCGGCGCGGCUCGGUGCGAUCUGUGGGCAGUUUUAUGAGCAGAGUGCUCAAGACGCUGUCCACUCUGUCGCAUUUCGGAUCCGAGCUCCAGCCGCCCGAAGGGGAAAAGGACGACGGAGGAUUCGCCGCGUUCAAAAACGAAGGCAAGGGAUCGGUGGCGUCGGAUGACAGCGACUGCGGCGGCUUCCUCAGUCGGGACAAAGUGCCCGGAGUGGCCGGUCUGAAGAACCACGGCAACACGUGCUUCAUGAACGCCAUCCUGCAGUGUCUGAGCAACACAGAGCUCUUCGCAGAGUAUUUAGCGCUUGAACAGUUUCGCGGACAAACAGAGGAGGAAGAUAAGCCCAAGGCCAACGGAGUUCCCAGGAAAGAGAAAGGAGAAGUGACCGAGCAGCUGGCAGGACUGGUCCGAGCUCUGUGGACUUUUGAAUACACGCCUCAGCAGAGCCGAGAGUUCAAGAGCGCCGUGGCGAAGCGAGCCAUGCAGUACCGGGGAAAUGCUCAGCACGAUGCUCAGGAGUUCCUUCUCUGGCUGCUGGACCGUGUGCACGAGGACCUGAACAACAUGGGCCAUAACAGACCUUCUAUAAAGCCGCCCAUAGAGGAGGAUGAUGGAGCGCUAGAGGGACCUUCACCCCCGCUGUCGGCUGGCUCUUUUGUCCAGGAGCUGUUUCAGGCACAGUACAGAUCUUCACUCACAUGCCCUCACUGCCAGAAGCAGAGCAACACUUUCGAUCCUUUUCUUUGCAUCUCGCUUCCCAUCCCGUUACCUCACACUCGGCCCCUGUACGUGACAGUGGUGUAUCAGGGCAAGUACUCUCACUGCAUGAGGAUCGGCGUGGCCGUGCCCCUCAACAGCACCGUCUCCAGGCUCCGAGAAGCUGUUUCACGUGAGACGAAGAUUCCUCCAGACCAGUUUGUUCUGACUGAAAUGUAUUACGAUGGUUUCCACCGCUCCUUCUGCGACGACGAUGACGAUCUUGACAUCAUUCAAGAAAGUGACUCCAUCUUUGCAUUUGAAACCCCUGAAACAUUCAAACUAGAAAGUCUUCGCUCCAAAAGAGGGAGCCUCCUCGCAAACCUUAAUCAGAACAAUCUGAAGUUUGGUAACGACAGCAGUCGCACUCCAUCGUUCAUGCAAGGGGCGGUGAAUCCGGCCUCGCCCAACAAAAACGCAGGCGCUGACAAGAUGAUCCUGCUGAUCUGCAACAGAGCCUGCAUUGGCCACCAAGGACGGAGGUUUGGCCUUCCCUUCGUACUGUACAUGGAGCGCACUGUAACCUGGGAUGUUCUUCAGAAGGCGAUUCUGGAGAAGAUGCAUCAUCUGCUAAGACAAGGCGUUUACAUCCAGGUGGGGCCCUUCAGCCUGCGAGUGGUUGGUGUGGUGGGGAUCACGUACUUGUUACCACAGGAGGAAUUUCCUUUGUGUCACCCCACUGUGGAGAGGGCAUACAAGUCCUGUGGUGCAGGGGGCCCUCCUCAUGUCAAGAUCGUAGUGGAGUGGGACAAAGAGACCAAGGAUUAUUUGUUUGGCCACACGGAGGAAGAGUAUAUCCCUGAUGCUGAGAGUGUGUACCUGCACCGUGAGCAGCACCAUCAGCCCCAGGCUUGUACCCUCGCUCAGUGCUUCCAGCUCUACACCAAAGAGGAGCAGCUGGCACCAGAUGAUGCUUGGCGCUGUCCACACUGCAAGCAGCUGCAGCAGGGCCGCAUCAAGCUCAGCCUUUGGACCCUGCCUGAUGUUCUCAUCCUGCACCUCAAGCGGUUCAGACAGGAGGGAGAUAGGCGGGUGAAAAUGCAGAACAUGGUGCACUUCCCGCUGGUUGGCAUGGACAUGGCCCCUCACAUGGUGAAGAGGAGCCAGAGCAGCUGGAGCCUCCCCUCGCACUGGUCGCCAUGGAGACGACCUUACGGCCUAGGCCGCAACCCGGAUGACUACCUGUAUGACCUGUACGCUGUAUGCAAUCACCAUGGAAACAUGCAUGGAGGGCACUACACAGCAUAUUGUAAGAACUCCAUUGAUGGGCAGUGGUACUGUUUUGAUGACAGCGAGGUCCAGCCUAUGGCUGACGAGGACGUGUGCCAGCAGACAGCCUACAUUCUGUUUUACCAGAGGAGGGCAACUAUUCCUUCAUGGUCCGCUAACAGCUCUGUGGCCGGCUCCACCAGUUCCUCUCUGUGUGAGCACUGGGUUAACCGGCUUCCUGGCAGCAAGCCUCCUAGCCUGGCCUCGGGUGCCUCCUCACGGCGGACAUCCCUCGCUUCUCUGGCUGAGUCUAUGGAGUUCCCUGGAGAUCGCAGCGAAGACGACGGAGGAUUCUCCACCCGACCCUUUGUGAGAAGCAUUCAACGUCAGAGCUUAUCUUCCAGAUCCUCCAUAGCUAGCCCGCUGGCCUUCAGCGAGAAUGGGAUGAAGCCCUCCUGGUCAUUGUCUGCCAAGCUCCAGAUACGCUCCAACUCGCCCUCACGCUUCUCUUUAGAUUCGCGCUCCUCACCACCGCUGGAGAGGAUCGGAGAGGCCUGCGAUGACAAGGUGUCCACGUCAUGCUUCGGGAGCUACAGCAGGCAUGAGCGCCAAACCAGCAGCAAAGCCCCGCUUGCCACGAUGGAAGGAAAUAGCAGUGAUGAUGGCAGCGGUAAAAGGAACACAGAUGAUGUCUACACCAGGGCUCCCUCAGUGGCUGACAAGAAGAGCUCUAAAGGAGAACCGUUGGACAACAACAACCAGAUCACUGCUGUGGACCAGAAUGUGCAUGGGACUCCUUCCAAGGAGCCGAAGCACAAGAGCUCAGGAGGCUCUGUGUCGAAGGCAGAGGUGUCUGGUGCAAAGAAGACCUCAACCAGGAUGAAGGGGGAUCAAGAGAAGCCAUCUAAGAAGCGCCAGAGCACUUCUUCUGCCCAAAAGUCUCCUUCUUCCCAAGUGUCUUCCAGCUCUCAAGGAAAAGGUGCCAAAGUGACCAAUUUGAAAGAGAGGAGUGACUCUGCCAAGGCCAGAGGCGUUUCUUCUGGAACGCCAACAAAGAAGAAAGAGUCUUCCCAGUCCCAGGAGGCAGCACCGGCAUCUGCAGCCACAAAAACAAAGCAGCGUCUGACCCCUACUCCUCAGUCCUCCGCUUCCCCCUCACCCACUGCGAAGAAGAGCUCUUCAGCGGUGGAGAGGAGCUCCAGCUUGUCAUCGAGCAGAAAGAAACUGGCUGAGAGGACCGCUAGCCGGGAUUCAACUCAUGCCAGCCCCCUGACAGACAGACCUCGCGUGCCGCUGAAGGGUGCAGAAGGAGGCCGGCCUGAGCGGAGGCCAGUUAGGAGCUCGAGCAGCAGCUCCUCUCUCACCAGCCUGCGAUCACCCAGCAUCUCAUCCAAAGAGCUACGACGGUCCAGCAAGUCCGAGGACAAGGGCCUCUCCUUCUUCAAGAGCGCCCUGAGGCAAAAGGAGACUCGCCGCUCAGCCGACCUGGGCAAGAGCGCCAUGCUCUCCAAGAAGGCGGGUGAGAGGACAGCUAGAUCCGGCAGCCAAACCAAGCUCAGUACGGAGGAUGGUGAAGGCAACGGAAAUUCUUCUCCUGCCUCACUCUCUAGCAAGGCUGCCAGCGAAGACAAGGAGACGCCCAAAACCUCCACCCCUCUUAAACGUUCACUGUUACCUGUAGGCAAGUCCAAGUCUUCCAGUUCUGACGCCAUUCUCCAGUCCCCUGUCAAUGGGCAGAGGCCUCUCGAAAAGACCUCCUCAUCCCGAAAGCUUUCCUGCAGCAUGCAAUCCGGGCAACAAAGACGCCUCAAUAAUGUUUAAAAUAGUAGUUUUGUUAUUUUCUGCAAUGCAGCUAUUUUUGAUGUGCCUAAGAUAUGUAUACACACACUCUCACACAUGCGUGUGUGUGUAUGUGUGAGUGAAAGAUAUAUAUAUAUAUAUAUAUAUAUAUAUAUAUAUAUAUAUAUAUAUAUAUAUAGCAUGUAAGUUUUACUUUUCUCAAAGAAAAUGUGUACAUUAUCAGAAGCGCCUUUCUGCCCUGCCGUGGAGCCAGUUCGAUGGCAAGGUGUGGUGUACGAAUUUACUACUGUAUAAACUCUGAAUAGGAUUGUUCUGAAUUAGCACUUUGUAUAUAUUAUUUUCUGUUUCAAUCCAGGCACACUCGAGAGACUGUGUAACAGGUUUUUUAACAUGUUAGUCUCUGGGUUUCUUUAGAGAAAUCAGUUGGGUCUUUGUAUUCCUCGCUGUACUCGCAACAAAUUGCUUCACUUCUACACUUGGUGCUAUUUAAAGGGCGACGUCUCUGUGGCGAAACACGGAAUUGCAGUCGAGGCUUGACAUGCUAACCUGGCUCACAUAUGAAUGUAUGUAGUUUUAUGCAGAAGGUCAGAAGUAGAACUCGUCAUAGGCACCCAUUAAAAACACUUACUGUAGUACCCCAUACUAUAGAAUAAUAAAUAAGUGUUCCAGUAGCGUCGCUGCCCUUAGAAGUAAGUGUCCGCAGCAUUGCCAACUGUAGAUCUAACCCUAACCCUAGCCAAUUUGUAGGAAUGAGCGAUCUUUUCAACUGACAUCUUCAGUUUUUUUUGUUUUUUUUUUUGUGUUUACACUUGAGAUACUGUGUGUGCUUUGCUGUCCAUCUCGAAACCGAGAGGUCAAGGCAAUGUAGCUCUGCAUGAAGUUCUGUUUUUUUUUUUUUUAAAUAUUAUUUUUGUAAUAAGAACCGCACAGUCAUGCUUGAGCCAUUUCCCCCUUUUUUUUUCAUGUUUGCCAAAUCAAACGCCAGCAGCAUUCAUCAGUUUUAGCUUAGCUCGCUUUGAACCAGGGCCAAACCCCUUUGUGUCCAUUAACGUGUGGAUUACCAGUGCAAUAGUUUGCAGAACUUUGUAGAUGGAAAAUAUAUAAAUAUAUAUAUUUACUCCUGUAUUUAAGAACUAUAACAUUGAACUUAUUGUGUUUUCUCUACAAUGAUUUUAAUGAUAAAUAUUUUAUGUAUGCAAUAGAGAUGAAGAGAAGAAGAGUUCAUUAGUUUAAUAAGAGGUUAUUAAAAUGCUGGAAUGCUGUGCCAUGUCAAAUCAUGGGAUUUGUUUUUUUCCUUUCAGAAUCUUUUACUUUGAGCAUAAGAGUGAUUGCAUAUACUGUUUUUUUUUUUUCCCUAACUGAUCAUAGGAGAAAGUUUAUUGUAAGAUAUAGAGUUAUGAUGAUUUUGGGAAACGAUGGCUUUGUCCUGUCUGAGGAAGACAGCAGUGUAUGCAUUGGUGUCUCAAACAAACCAGUCAUCUGGCAAGAUUUUCACUCAUCACUUUUUCCAUCCAAAAUAGAUUUUAAAAAGUAGGUGCAAUAAUUUUUUCUCCCCACAUCAGUACUACACAGAUACUUUGACCAAUGCAGAAUAGGACCAAAAUCAGCUGACAUAACUUGCUAGUAUACUUACUGUUUCUAAACACUAAACUGUUCUGCUUUUAUUAGAGCUUUACAAGUGAUGUUUCAAACUGCGGCUAGUUUCAAGCUUUUUGUUCAGUCGCUCUGGGGAAAUAAAGGAAAGUUGCAUCAAUACAUAAGGCUAUUUAUACUGUGGUGGACUGAUAGAAAUACGGCAUAUUGGUGCAGAUUUUCCAAUAUAGUUUAAUAAUGUUUCUAACUGCAGUUCUUUUCAUGCUGUUUAUAGGAUUUCUUUUUCCAUUAGUUCAAUCACUGUGGAAAAAAAAAAAUAUAUAUAUAUAUAUAACUGGCAUCAAUACAUAUUAUAUAUCUAUUUAUGCCGUGGUGGCCUGAGACAGAAACGGCAUACUGAUAUGGUACUAUUGGUGCGUCAUUCUCGCUAAUUAUUAGUCAAUAAUCUAAGCUUACGUGUAGCUUUAUUUCUGCAAGAACGCCCUUUUUUGUCAAAUCUGUGCACUGAAGAUACCAUUUGAAGAAUUAUGGCAAGCAGUAUUGCAUGAUGAUGCUGACACUGAUGCAUGCACAUAACUAUGCAAGUGAAUGUUGCUUAAAAAAAAAUCCUGGCUACCAAUGUUUCUGUAUUUCUAAAUGUCAGUAGUGGAAAGCAUGAAUUGCUUUUUGUGUAUUGUUUUUUUUUUGUUUGUUUGUUUUUUUUGCACACUUUUGUAGUUUCCUAAAAGGUGACGAUGGAUCAUUAAGCAUUAGGUUUAACCCACAUUCUGUCAAAUAUCAGAAAAUCCUCAUGAUAAAUGGAUAUAUAUAUAUUUUUUUGACUCCUUGGGAGUUUUUAACCUUUUUUUUUGCAGAGUAUUUUUUUUCUACAUGUAUAAUUGACCUUAUAUUUUGUAUGUUGAAUGUUGUACCACUAAUACACAAACUCACAUACACACACACACACACACACCACUCCCAUCACUCGUGAUGCUCUUGUCGUCAUUGCCAUUUUUUGUCACACUAAUUACAUUUCAUGUUUCCUGUGGCAGCACGUUAAGAAAGCCACUUGCCAAAAGUGCUUCGGCCGUUUGUGCUUCAGCGAGUCUGGACAUUUUAAAUUGUAUUAGAAAUAUCCCAAGUGCAAAUAAUACGGUUAUAAACAUUAUCUUAGAUUAAUUUCUAAUCAGAGAUUAUUUAUGAUUAUAAUUAGGGCUGGACGAUAUGACAGAAAUAUCAUAUCACGAAACUUGAAGUCAUCUGUAUGGUACAAAAAUUUAGUGUUUGAGUUUCAUGAUAAUUUUGUUUAAUGUCUACAAAAACAGUGAAAAGGAGGGAAAAAAUAAAACAUUUUAAAGAUCAGCUGCUUCCUUUCCGUCCUGUGUAGUUAGUAAUUAGUAAUAAGUUCUUAAAAGAUAUCGCGAUACUGAUGAAAAGUGUAUCAUGACACAUUUUAUCACAGUAUUGAUAUAUUUAUCAGCCAGCCCUAGUUAUAAUUAUUAGCUCCUAUGAAUAUUAUUGUAUGAAGUUCUUACUCCUGGUGUAGACACUGGACUUGAGUUAUUAUUCUAUGGAAAAGGCUGCAAACAGCAUCUUCAUGUAAUCUACACUACUUAAGAUGAUUCACAUUUUGGCUGUAAGUACCUCAAUUUUUUUUUUUUUUUUUUUUUUUUUUUAAAAAGAGCAUUACUUGUAAAACAUUGACCAAAAGAGAUCAAUUAUAAUAUCUGAAAAAAAAAAAAAAAAAAAAAGUUACUGUUUUGUUGCAUGAGAAUGGCUCAGUGGCUUUGUUAAUUUAUUUGUACAUUGUGUUAAAUGUGUAUGCACUUUUAAGAAAAUUUUUAACUUCUUUUUUGAAGAUUACGUUUAUUUGAGGAAAUCAUUUGUAUUCAUGACAUUGGUUUGCCAAUGUAAGACAAAUGUAAUUAAAAGACAGGCCUACAUUAAGAGGUCUGAGAUCAAACUGGU